AUGAUGCUAUUCAGCACAUCACUAGCUGGACCAGCACUAGAUUGGGCGCAGCAUGAGCCACUCUCUACAAUCGAGUCAUGGAUCGAUUUUAGAGAAGCUUUCUUGGAGAUUUGCAAGGACCACCUUUCAAAUCCAAAAUGUGCAAAGGAGCAUCUAUGCAACUUUGAGCAGCUUUGUCAUGACUAUGGACUUGGAGACAACCCCAAGAAGAUACAACUUUUCCAACUAUCACUAGCUGGACAAGCCAAAGACUGGGCUAAGUUCAAUGCCCAACAUGCUUUCAAGACUUGGAAUGGAUACAAAGGAGCUUUCCUUCACAGAUUUGCCAAAGGUCCUGUUUAUGUCCCACCACCACGCCCAAGCUAUUCACAUACCAUCCAUCAUCACCAGACAUAA